GACACUCAAAAGUUCCUAACGUUCGCCGAAACGCAUCGAAUAGUUUUGAAUCAAAUCCUCCGCCAAUCGUCGACACCGUUAGCCGACGGACCCUUCUCUGUACUCGUAGACCACACCCGAGUGCUUGACUUCGACGUCAAGCGACGGUACUUCCGACAAGAGUUGGAACGACUGGAUGACGGCGCCCGACGCGAAGAUCUCGCGGUUCACGUGCGACGCGAACACGUGUUUGAGGAUUCGUAUCGAGAGCUGCACCGACGCGCGUCCGAGGAGUGGAAGAAUCGCUUCUACAUUGUGUUUGAGGGCGAAGAAGGUCAGGACGCGGGCGGUCUGUUGCGCGAGUGGUAUACCAUUAUAUCGCGUGAGAUAUUCAACCCGAUGUACGCCCUGUUCACGACCUCACCGGGCGAUCGCGUGACGUAUAUGAUCAACAGUGCCUCCCAUUGCAACUCCAAUCACUUAAGUUAUUUCAAAUUCGUGGGCCGAGUCAUCGCCAAAGCCGUCUACGACAACAAACUCCUCGAAUGCUAUUUCACGCGAUCUUUCUAUAAACACAUUCUCGGAAAACUCGUCAAACACAUCGAUAUGGAGAGCGAGGACUACUCCUUCUAUCAGGGAUUGGUG